AUGUUGAAACUUGUUCUCAAAAGACCGUCGGCGAUAAGUCCCCGAUAUGGGCAGUUUUUGCUGGGCAUAUUAUGUGGUUGGUUUCUUACGCGAUUUAUAUCCCAUUUUCCAACCCCAAGCUCUUUGUAUCUCGAGUCUGUCAACUGGAAUACCGCGAACGCUCAUUAUCCCGUGAGUCCUUCCUCAAUUAACCUCACAGAAAGUGUACGUGUGCUGUGUUGGGUGAUGACUACACCAGCGAAUCACCAGGAAAAAGUUCCUCACAUCAAAUCCACCUGGGGUGCACGUUGUAACAAGCUGCUGAUCAUGAGCUCCGUAGCUGAUCCGACGAUCGGCAGUAUCGCGCUACCAGUAGAAGAAGGCCGUAAGAGCCUGUGGAACAAGACCCGGGAAGCGUUCCGGUACAUCUACGAGCAUCAUUUAGAGGGAUAUGAUUGGUUCUUCAAGGCGGACGACGAUACGUACGUCGUGGUGGAGAACCUGCGGUAUUUUCUGCACUCUUACUCGUCGGAACUACCGAUCUACUUCGGCAGCAAGUUUCGGUACCCGCAGUACGUGAAGCAGGGCUACUUUUCCGGUGGUGCGGGAUACGUUCUAAGUCGCGAGGCCGUGAGGCGUUUCCACGAGCUUGCACUACGUGAUGAGGAGCUCUGUUCUUCUGCCUACGAUACCGAGGAUCUUGAGAUGGGUAAAUGUAUGGAGAGUGUGAACGUCACCGCUGGCGACUCCAGGGAUGAUCUGGGCCGGAAGCGGUUCCUUCCAAUGGAGCCCGUUUUCCACCUUGCUGGAUCGAUAACAGAGGAUCCUGACUUUUGGUACAACCAGUACUCGUACUACGAGCCACUGUAUGGAAGAAAUUGUUGCUCGGAUUUGGCCAUCAGCUUCCAUUACGUUCCCGGGAAGCACAUGCACAUGAUGGACUACUUGAUCUACGAUCUGCACGCAUGGGGCUCAAUAUAUCAAAACCCUCCGCUGUCUAGGAUGAAAACGCCUCAAGAAGCAAUGAUCGUUGACGAACCGUACCCGAUAAGUACGAUGGCACCGAGGGACGGUUCGAGUACGAUCGUUAUGGCCAUAGAAGAGGCAUCGACAGCAACGUCCGAUUCGUAGCACAGUACAGCGUCAAAUUUCAUCCGCUAGUCAAAAUAAU